ACGAAAGAAAUGUGCUAUUACGUUUGCCGAUAAACUCAGCAUAAUAAAACUGCAUGAAGGUGGAAAAAGUUUUGCUGCUAUUGCCAGACAAACCAACCGGCCCGAGUCGACGAUUAGAACAAUAGUUAACACGAAGGAGCGCUUCCUGGAAUCCGUGAAGAACACCGCUACGAUGGAAGGAACGAUAUUGACGCAGAAUCGAGACGAAACAAUGCUGAAAAUGGAGAAAUUGCUGCUGGUAUGGAUAGAAGAUAUGACAUCAAAAAGAAUACCCUUAUGCUUUAGAAAUAUUCAAGUUAAAGCAAUAUCGUUAUACCAAGACCUACAAACUGACAAUGCGGAACAUGCGUUAACAUCAUUCAAAGCUAGUGUGGGAUGGUUUGCACGAUUCAAAAAACGUGUAAACCUGCGAAACGUUAAAAUCCACGGAGAAGCCGCAAGUGCUGAUGAAAAUGCUGCUAUCAUAUUCGUUUCGAGUUUCUCAAAAUUAAUUCAAGAACAAAAUUACCUUCCGCAACAAAUUUUUAAUGUUGAUGAAACAGCGUUAUUUUGGAAAAAAAUGCCAUCUCGGAGCUUUGUCACUAAGGAAAUGGAUUCUAUGCCAGGCUAUAAGGCAGCAAAAGAUAGAAUAACUUUAAUGAUCGGAGGGAACUUAGCAGGAGAUUUAAAGUUAAAACCAUUAGUAGUGUACCGAGCACAAAAGCCACGAGCUUUCAAAAAUAUUGACAUGAAAAGUUUACCAGUCACAUGGAAACAUAACUCAAAAGGAUGGGUUACCCGAACGAUUUUUACAGAAUGGUUCAAAGAAAGUUUUUUAGUUGAAGUUAAAAGAUAUUGCCGCGACAAUGAAAUACCGUUCAAAAUUAUAUUACUAUUAGACAAUGCGCCUGGGCAUCCUGCAGAAUUAGAUAAUAUUGACCCCGAUGUAAAAAUAUUAUUUUUACCCCCAAGAACAACAUCACUUUUACAGCCAAUGGAUCAAGGUGUGAUAGCAGCUCUUAAGUCAAUUUAUCUUAGACGCACAUUUACUCAGGCAAUCGAAUCUGUCCAAAGCAAGUCAAUUACAUUGACCCAGUUCUGGAAAUCCUUUAACAUUCUACAUGCGAUCAAAAAUGCUGCUGCUGCUUGGAGUGAAGUAACAUCAGAUACGCUCCAAUAUGCUUGGAAAAAAAUUUAUCCAGAUUUUUUUAAUAAGAACGAAGGUCAAAUUAACAGCAUAAUUGAUAUAAUAGAACGUGGAGUCAUUGAAUGCGUUUCAUUGGCUCAAGCAUUGGAAAUAGAAGUGGAUAUUCCAGAAAUGGAACAUUUCAUUCAUAGUGCAGGGGAACCUCUUUCAAAUGAAGAGCUUAUUAAAAUGCAAACAUUAGAAAUACUAGAAGAGUAUAUUGAUGAAGAUGAUGAUGAUGCAGUAGAAGAGGAAAAGAAAAAAUUUACAGUAAAAGGAUUAACUGAUGUUUUUAGCCAUUUGGAAAUUGCAUUAGCGCAAAUAGAAGCUAUGGAUGAAGAUGAGGAACGGUAUCUAACAAUCAGUAGCCGUAUACGAGAAGAAAUGGCAGUUUAUACGAAAAUUUUAAAAGAGAAAAAGAAUGCUACCAAACAAUUGAGCAUGGAUAGCUUUGUACAUAUGUUAUAAUUACAUUCAGCUUUCAAGCAAAUGAUUUAGAAAUACCUAGGUUAGUUUCAUGAAUUAUGAAGUUUUUUUUUGUUACUGGAGGCACAGCCAUUUGCAUUAUUUCAUUUUUUUAUUACUUUGAUCAUGAAUUCCUUAUAAAGUACAAAUUGAGUAGUGAAUGUUUCUGAAACAUGCCAAGACUGAAAUAAAUAUGUUGUUAAUAAAUAAAUCAACUAAAAAUACUCGUUUUAUUGCAUUUAAUACAAUAAUGCUUGAAAAAUACUCAUUGUAUCCAAAUCAACGGAUAAAUUUAAUAUUUGAAAUUUUUUAUAACAU